UAAAAUAAGAACAACUUAUGCAUCGCUUCCGAAAGUCGAGCAACAAAAUCAAACUCUUGCCAAAAGUUUGCACCAGGAGAUAGAUAGUGCAGUGUAGCCCCGAAGCGAGUAGACGAACUACACGCCUAAGACAUUAAUUUUCGCGAACAACGGCAUCCGAGCUCAACUGAAAAAUUUAAAAAUGUUGUUUGGUUCAUUGGUAGAAGCGUCUCAGAACUUUCCGUUCAAAACUCCAUUUUCAAAUGUCAACUGCCAACCAGCAUCAACAUUACCUAUGGCUGUGGAUGAUGGCCCAUUGAUGAAAAGUGUCGUACCAUCAAGGCAAAUUAUGGCCGCUGCAACUCCGGAAGGAGAUUCCUGUGAAUUUGGAUCAAAUCACUAUUUUGCCCUUUGCGGUCUUGGCGGUAUUAUUUCGUGUGGCAUAACUCAUACAAUGGUGGUGCCACUUGAUUUGGUUAAGUGUCGGCUACAAGUCGAUCCAGCCAAGUAUAAAAGCGUUGCCAAUGGUUUUCGUUUAACAUUAAAAGAAGACGGUAUUAAGGGUUUAUCAAGGGGUUGGGCACCGACAUUCUUUGGCUAUUCAAUGCAAGGACUUUGUAAAUUUGGGCUCUAUGAAGUUUUUAAAGUAAACUACUCGAAUGCUAUUGGUGAAGAAAACACAUAUUUGUACAGGACAUCGUUGUAUUUAGCCGCAUCGGCAUCUGCAGAAUUCUUUGCCGAUAUUGCUUUGGCCCCGAUGGAAGCGGCUAAAGUUAAAAUCCAAACAACACCUGGUUUUGCUAAUACAUUGCGUGAAGCCUUGCCAAAGAUAUCGCAGCAAGAAGGUCUUUCCGGAUUUUACAAGAGCUUGGUACCAUUAUGGAUGCGACAGAUUCCGUAUACAAUGAUGAAAUUCGCAUGCUUCGAACGAACACUUGAAUUGCUCUACAUGUAUGUUGUUCCAAAACCACGCCAAGAAUGUACAAAGGGCGAACAGUUAAUUGUCACAUUUGCUGCUGGUUAUAUUGCUGGUGUGUUCUGUGCCAUUGUGUCCCAUCCAGCUGAUACAGUAGUGUCUAAGUUGAACCAAGCCAAGGGUGCAUCAGCACUCGAUGUUGCUAAACAACUUGGUUGGUCUGGUCUAUGGGGUGGACUUGUCCCCAGAAUUGUUAUGAUUGGUACUCUGACUGCCGCACAAUGGUUCAUAUAUGACGCCGUUAAAGUAUACCUUCGCAUGCCACGACCACCACCACCAGAAAUGCCCGAAUCUCUCAAAAAGAAGUUGGGCAUUGCAACAGCUUAAAGUAGCUAAUAAACUGAUAAACAUUAAUGAUAUACCAAAAUUUAGGAACUGUACGAACUCGAAGUAGAUACCAAAUAUAUUAAUAUAAACAAUUCCAAA